AUGCUUCCCAGCGCCCUAGCUUGGCACUGCGGGAGCUCCGCGGCGCUCCUUAGCUUGCCCGCGACUCCGGGAUUUGGCAAUUUCGGCAAAAGUUUCCUGAUCGAGAACUUGCUGCGGGCCGGCGGAGCCCCGCAGCAAGCCCCCCACAGCUUACCUGCCGCUCCCGUUCCACUCAAGCUGUGCCCCUCCGCUGCGGAACAAAUCAGCCCCUCCGGAGGUGCUUUUCCGAGCCGUGGCUGGCCUUUCCAAGCGCUUAACUCUUCGGCAGCGGACAGCAGGGCUCCGGCGGACAGAGAAGGCGGUUUUCAACCAACAGCCACAGCUCUUCCGAAGCACUUUCUCUUGAGAGCCCCGCCGGUCUAUUCAGUAUGCUGCGGUGGGUCCUGUCAACACCCUGCAUCUCCCACUGCUUUUCCAAGACAGGAUGGUGUUCUGCCUCUUCUAACCCAGGAUUCCAGAUCCCGGAGAGGCAUUUUAAGAAGAGCUGUCUUUUCUGAAGAUCAAAGAAAAUCAUUGGAGAAAAUGUUUCAGAAACAGAAAUACAUCAGCAAAACAGACAGGAAGAAACUGGCCCUCAGUCUGGGUCUGAAGGAGUCACAGGUCAAAAUCUGGUUUCAAAAUCGAAGGAUGAAAUGGCGAAACUCCAAAGAAAAAGAAGUGCUUUCAAACCGAUCCCUGCCAGAGGAACGUCUUCAACAGACCUACCUUUCUAAAUCUUUGAAUUUUACCUCCUCACCAUGUCCUGCCUGGGAAAUAUCUCAACCACAGCCCAGUCCAAGAUGGCAGAAUCUUCCAGAACAUUCAGAGAGACAGAAUAGUAGAAGCGGUUUGCGGCUAUCUACCCGAGCAAACUUGUGUUCUGACACGUUGCAUUUGUAUCAGGAACAAGACACCACAUAG